AUGCUAAGCCGUUCUCUGCCGUCCCUUGGCAAAGUGCUCGUCGUCGCGGAGGCGCAAAACGGCAAGAUACUGCCGGCCACGCUGGCUGCAGUCACGGCAGGCGCGAAGAUCGGCCCCGUCAGUGCGCUCGUGGCCGGCAAGAGCGGCGCUCAGGUGGCGGCGGCGCUAGCAAAGGUGAAGGGCAUCGCAGAGGUGCUCGUCGCGCAGGGCGACCACUACGACAAUGGCCUUCCGGAAGAGUACGCCCCGCUCGUGGCGGCGGUGGCGAAGAACGGCUACACGCACGUCUUCGCUGCCACAUCGGCGUUUGGGAAGAACGUCAUUCCGCGCGCGGCGGCGAAGGAGGAUACGAUGCCCAUCAGCGAAGUCACCGAGGUGAAGGACGAGUCUACCUUUGUGCGCCAUAUGUACGCCGGCAACGUUGUCAGCACCGUGAAGUCGUUGGACAAGGUGAAGUACGCCACUAUCCGCGGCACCAGCUUCGAUCGGGCGCCGCUGGAGGGCGGCAGCGCCACGACAGUAAAUGUCGAUGCGACACCAGCGGUGGGGAAGUCGAAGUGGAUCGAGGACCUCGUCGCCACCAGUGACAAGCCGGACCUGCUAACAGCAGCCAAUGUCAUCGUUGGCGGACGGGGGCUGAAGAACGGUGAGAACUUCAAGCUUCUGUACGACCUCGCAGAGCCGCUCAAGGCGGCGGUGGGGGCAACGCGUGCGGUGGUUGACGCCGGCUUCUGUGCCAACGAAAUGCAGAUUGGGCAGACGGGUAAGACAGUGGCGCCGAACUUCUACCUUGGCUGCGGCGUCUCGGGGGCGAUUCAGCACGUGGCGGGUAUGAAAGACUCAAAGGUGAUUGCCGUUAUCAACAAUGACGCUGACGCGCCCUUCUUUCAGGUGGCUGACUACGGCCUCGUGGAAGAUCUCUUUACGGCGGUGCCGAAGCUCACGGAUAUGGUGAAGAAGUGA